CUCCCCUGCGCUUCGAAUAGCACAAGCCGCAAUUAGCCGCGACCUCCGCAAAAGCAGAGCGCCCGUUUCGAUCCAGAGCUCUAGACUGUUCCGAGUUUUCUCCUCCCUCCCUCCUCCUCACGCCAAGGCCAAAGCAAGCAAGCAUGUGCCCCACCGGCAGGUACCUGGGCCUCGACCUCUCGGCCGUCGCCGGCGCCAGCGCGUGCUGCGACAUGAGGCCGGUGUUCGACGUGCUGGACGCGGACCACGACGGCUGCAUCAGCCGCGAGGACCUCAAGUCCUUCUACGCCGCCGCCGGGGCCACCGGCGAGCGGUUCGAUGACGACGACCUCGCGGCCAUGAUCGCUGCGGCCGACGCCAACCGCGACGGGUUCGUGCAGUACAACGAGUUCGAGCGCCUACUUGGCCACGCCACCGCCGCGGCCGCGGGGCCCGCCGGGUGCCGGUCCGUGAUGGAGGAUGCGUUCCGUCUGAUGGACCGGGAUGGGGACGGCAAGGUCGGGUUCGAGGACCUCAAGGCGUACCUCGGGUGGGCCGGGAUGCCGGCCGCCGACGAGGAGGUCCAAGCCAUGAUCCGCGUUGCAGGCGGAGAGGACGGCGACGGCGGCGUGGGGCUCGAGGCGCUCGCCAGAGUGCUCGCUGUUGACCUGGAAGGCAUGGCCCUCUGAAAGCUCUGAAUUGGUUGCAGAGCACUGCGCUUAGUGUUUUUGUGUGAUUCUUUUUCGUAGUUUUGGUUGGUGACCACGAAGAGGGUUGUUGUGAUGUGUUGAAUGUGCGCUCUCUAGGACCGCGAGGUUUAUUUGUAUUCUACCUGCUCUCCAGAAAAAAAAACAAUGAAAAUUUUGUAUUCUA